GCGAGGACCAGGGGUCAGAGGUGUGAAGGGUAUCGAAGACAGUGGCACUAGACGUGUCCAGAGAGCAGCAUUGAGAGGGCAGCCUGGGCCUCGACGAGCGGCCAUGGAUCCGGUGGGGACAACAGACCCCUCGGUGCCCCCGGGCCCUCUGACUCACCUGAGCCUGCCGGACAGCUCAGAGGAGCGGCAACAGAGCGACGGGCCGAGCCUCCUGGGCUGUUGGACCAGGUCACCUCCAGAGCAUGCCGCCAUCUUAAGGGAAGGUGUGCGCUCGUGCCUGCAGCAGAGAUGCGAGCAGACUGUGUGGAUCCUACAUGCCAAGGUGGCUCAGAAAUCCUACGGAAAUGAGAAGCGGUUCUUCUGCCCUCCGCCCUGUGUCUACCUCGCUGGCCCCGGCUGGAGGGUGAAGCCAACACAAGACCAAGCCCACCAGUCUGCGGAGACCGGACCCACCGUCUGCGGCUACAUGGGACUGGACGGCGCGUCCGGCAGCGCUCCUGAGACGCAAAAGUUGAAUUUCGAAGAGCAGCCGGACUCCAGGGAAUUUGGUUGUGCCAAGACCCUGUACAUCUCUGACGCCGACAAGAGGAAGCACUUCCGGCUGGUGCUGCGACUCGUGCUGCGAGGAGGCCGGGAGCUGGGCACCUUCCACAGCCGCCUCAUCAAGGUGAUCUCCAAGCCCUCGCAGAAGAAGCAGUCGCUGAAAAACACAGACCUGUGCAUCUCCUCGGGCUCAAAGAUCUCCCUUUUCAACCGCCUGCGCUCCCAGACAGUGUCCACACGCUACCUCUCGGUGGAAGACGGGGCCUUUGUGGCCAGUGCAAGACAGUGGGCAGCCUUCACACUCCACCUGGCUGAUGAGCACUGUUCCCAAGGGGACUUCCCACCCCAGGAAGGCUACAUCCGCUAUGGCUCCCUGGUGCAGCUGGUCUGCACGGUGACAGGUGUCACCCUGCCUCCCAUGAUCAUCCGCAAAGUAGCCAAACAGUGCGCCCUCCUUGACGUGGACGAGCCCAUCUCCCAGCUACACAAGUGUGCGUUCCAGUUUCCAGGCGACACGCCCGGAGGGGGUGGCACCUACUUAUGCCUUGCCACGGAGAAGGUGGUGCGAUUCCAGGCUUCCCUCUGCCCCAAGGAGGCCAACAGGGCACUGCUCAACGACAGCUCUUGCUGGACCAUCAUCGGCACCGAAUCGGUGGAGUUCUCCUUCAGCACCAGCCUGGCCUGUACCCCGGAACCUGUCACGCCGGUUCCGCUCAUCAGCAGUCUAGAGCUGAGCGGCGGAGGGGACGUGGCCACGCUGGAGCUGCAUGGAGAAAAUUUCCACGCUGGGCUCAAGGUGUGGUUCGGAGACGUAGAGGCAGAAACCAUGUACAGGAGCCCGCGGUCAUUGGUGUGCGUGGUGCCAGACGUAGCGGCCUUUGGCAGCGACUGGCGCUGGCUGCGCACUCCCAUCACCGUGCCGGUGAGCCUGCUGCGCGCCGACGCGCUCUUCUAUCCCAGCGCCUUCUCCUUCACCUACACCCCGGAAUACAGCGCACGGCCCCCCGACGCUCACGAGCCUGCCCCGGACGCGGACGCGCUUCUCCAGAGCAUCCACCACGAGUUCACACGCACCAACUUCCACCUCUUCUGCCCCAGCUAGGUACCACCACCUGCCCUGUGGCUGACGCCCCGCGCCGCUGUCCAUCCAACUUCUUGCCCCUGUGCUAAGAAAGGGGAAGAGGCGGGGAUUUCUCACCUGUCCUCAGGCCAUCCGCCAUCCUCGGACAUCCAGUAACUGUCAAUCAGGAGUGAUGGUCUAAGGUCUUCACGGUGUAGGGUACUUCCUGUUUUUGUAACCGUGUAGAUCCAUCCUUCCGUCUUUGUCUCUGUUUGGCUCUUCCUGAGUCUUUGACCUACUCUAAGGAUCCAAGUCCAGACAUCUGGGUCCCAUGAGGUCCCUCUUAGAGCUAGCAUCUACCAGUGGCUUCACUCCCUAUGGCACCUUCGCCUGGGUUUGAGCUCUGGCCCACAACAUUCGUGAUCAGGCAGAGGCUUAGGUCAGCAAGUCAGGUUUUGCCCUUUUCACUGUACCCAAGGCCGCUUCUCCUUCAGGCCCAAUGGGAAGAGCCUGAGGAUAAAAAUCGUUCUGUAUCCAGGUACAGGUGAACCAGAAUCCACGUGUGUGUGUGUGUGUGUGUGUGUGUGUGUGUGUGUGUGUGUGUGUGUGUAGGUGGGAGAGGCGCUGAGUGCUCACUGGGUUCUGCUCGAGUCCGAGUCUGAUGGAACAGGCACCUUUAGGCCUCUCUGUAGGAGGAAAUAGAGUUCCGAGGCAGCAGAUACCCUUGAGCCCCUACACCUGGCAGCCCUCGCAGCCAGCAACUAGCUAUACCCCCCCCCCAUGCCAAGCAAGAAGACACUGCAGUCAGAGGCAAACCCAGGGCCUCCUCAGACCAUGCCUGCUCCAGGACAAGGCAGACAGAAGCCAUGAGACAACCGGGCAAUAAUGGAAGUGAGAAUAGGUCCUCUCCAUACAGGACCUAUUCGGGAACAGCCCAUCCCUGGUCAAGCUUACUCUGCCUACCCUGUGCUCACAUGGAAAAGGGAACUGAGUAGAUCAUGGCUUGGGCAAUAAAAACCAAAGACAUAUGGUAUAAUGGGUGUCAGUCUGUGGUCUUGCCUGGUAGGGAGGACUAAUCUGAAGCAUGGGUUCAGUCUAUACCUAUAACACCCUAAACAUGCCAGAUCUCGUCUGAAAUGUGAGUUCAAAGCUCUAAUGAUCUGGAACUCUCCUUAAGCCUUGGAGGAAGAGCUCAUUUCCUGUGAGCCCUCUCACCCCCACCCCACCCUGGAGCUGGCCCCCAAAUGCGGAAGGUCCCAUAUGAAAGCAGCAGUAAGAUUUGUUCACAGACUAUAGAGGCAUGCCUUUAAUCCCAGCCCUUGGGAGGCAGAGGCAGGUGGAUCUCUGAGUUCAAAGCCAGCCUGGUCUACAGAGUUUCAGAACAGCCAGGGCUACACAGUGAAACCCUGUCUCCUGUCUCCAAACAAGCAAAAAGACUUCGUAGAGUAGUCACUGAUUUCUUUCUCUGGUUUUCUGUUGGUUUGUUUGUUUGUUUUGCUUUGCUGUCUUUACUGAUUUCUGUUAUCUUCUAUCAACAAGCUGAAAUUCACCACAAAAGACACUGAAGAAGCUUGCUCAUGUGGCCCCAGACAGUGAAUCUUGGCUAAGAAAUUCAGGGCACAUUUUUGAUCAGCUAUGUCCCCAACAUGAAGUACCCUGCCUUGAAAACUUGUGUCACAGGCUAGAGAGAUGGCUCAGAGGUUAAGAGUGUUGGCUGUUCUUCCAAAGGUCUUGAGUUCCAUUCCCAGCAACGGCAUGGUGGCUCACAACCAUCUAUUGUGAAAUCUGGUGUCCUCUUCUGGAAUGCAGGCACACAUGCAGGACGAACAUUGCAUAAAUAAAUAAAUGCAUAUUUUAAAAAGAAAGAAGGAAGGAAGAAAAGUUGUGUCGCUAUCCCAUGGUGUUGACACAAGAAGGAAGCAAAGGGGAGUUUCAGAGAGUGCUGAGAGGCUGCAGGGCUGUUCCGGUGGCCCUCUGGGCUUUCUCUGCUGCAUCCCAAGGCAAGUGUGAGCCCAAGCCCAGGAGUCCAGCUCUGUGGUCUUCUUUGUUUCUCUCACCUUAUAAUCAAAGGUUCUACCUGAAAGUCUGACUCCAGGGCUCCAGCUCUGCCCAGUUUUGAGUUCCUGCUGUAGGACGGAUCGGUGGAAGUACUCCCUUACCAUAGUCUGAAUCACCUGGCAUCAGCUCCUUCCCAGUCCGUCCUCUUCCUAGCCCUGGAUCUUCUCUCUGCUUCUCCAGCACACAAUUCUACCAUCAAAGCUUGGGGACCCCGUCUCUUCUUCCACAGCAAAAUAGUCCCCUCCCGACUCCCCCUCUCUCCAAUUCUCUGCCUUCUGCAUCCAGGGGAAUACCAUAGAAAUCCCGAGUGAAAAUUCAUGAGCCCCGUGUUCAAAUCUUACCAGUAAUUUCAAGACAGAGACAGGAGAUGAUGAACUCAGGGCUCUCUACAUACUCAUGAAGUCAUCCCUACCAAGUUGCCUCCUGUGUUGAGUUGUCUGUCCCCUCCAGGCUGUGAGGGUCAUAUGGAAAUAAGAUUAUCAUUUGUUUGUUUGUUUAUUGUUAUGCAACACAAUGCCUCCCAAAAUAAGCCGGAGUUUGUUUCUUUGACAGAUAAUGGUUUGCAAAUACAAAGAAAAACCACCAGAUGGCACUGUUCCCCUCACAAAUAAAAGGGGGCUGUUAAAAAGCGACUAGAAUCCUUCCAUAUGAUCUUUUU